UGCUCGGCUAUGACGUAAUAGUACUGUCACAGUGCUGUGUUGCGAUUAGUUACUGCAUUGGAUGUGAAAAAUUUUGCCUUAACCCCCAAAUUUCUGUUAAAUUUACGAUAACUUUUUAAAGGAAAAGUGUAGUUGCUGGCCUAUAAUUUGGAAUUAGGUAUCAUGCAUUUCAGUGUAUUUCACUCUCGUUUUUAAACAAAAUCCUUGACAAUUUCUGACAUCGAAUUGUACCCAAUUCUACCACAAACAUGGAUUUGGACUCAGAUGAGGAAAACGUCUCUGACCAGGACUUCUAUAGUUUUUUGAAUGUUCCAAAAGAGGCUUCUAGAGAAGAAAUUAAUAAUGCAUACCGUCGCCUCAGUCGCAUGUAUCAUCCCGAUAAGCAUUUGGACCCAGGCCUUAAAUCAAAAGCGGAAAUAAUGUUCAACAAGACCAAGAAAGCUUAUGAAGUUUUAUCAGACCCUCAUCAGCGCGCCAUUUAUGAUUCAUUGGGUAUAAAAGGUUUGGAGACAGAGGGUUGGGAAAUUGUACAAAGAACAAAAACACCAGCAGAAAUCCGCGCAGAGUACGAACAACUAGCUGAAGAGAGGGCAGAGAGACAGAAGAGGCAAGCGACGAACCCAACUGGCAAUAUAACAAUUGCUGUAAAUGCCACCGACUUGUUUAAUCCAUACGAUGCAGAUCUAUUCGAAGAUGAAUAUGACAGUGGGUUUCUCGGAACGUUACCGAAUAUUGAGGUAUCCUCCAUGCAAUUUUCACAAGGAGUAGAUUUUCCUCUGACCCAAAAGGAUACUUGUACGUUAUCUGGGCAGCUACACACCCAAAAUGGGACUGGCGGAGGAGGAGUGAAUAUGAGCUGGAGACACUUGUUUUCCCAUAAGAGUUGGGCCGAAAUCGAAAUGACUGCAGGUAGUGGUCCGGCAUUAUCAUUGAAAGGAUACAGAACAUUAACAAAACGAUUCUUCUGGAACGGCGGUACUAUUUUGCAAGUUACGCCAGAAGGAGUUCGACCAGGCAUUAUGUCAACACUUGCAAUGCAGAUAGACAAACAUUCAGUAGGAUAUGUGUCUUAUCAUGGUGGUAUUCGAUCUAUAUUUUCAACUCAAAUUAUUAGAGACACAGAGUGUAACAGGUACAAUUUCUCCAUACAAGUUGGAGUACCACAUUCAUUUAUACAGUUGCAGUACGCGAGGAAAUUAAUUACACAAGAGCUGAAAUUGAAAUUAGCAGUAAAAUUCGGCACAUUUGGUGGAGUUGUAGAGUAUGGUGCAGAAAAAAGAAUUUCCAAACACAGCAAUUUGUCGUUUUCUGUUGUAUGUGGAGUUCCGGCAGGUGUAAAACUGAAAAUUAGAUUAUCUCGUGCCAAUCAAGUAUAUUCAUGCCCUAUUCAUCUGUGUGAAGAAAUCAUGCCGUCGCCAGUGUUCUACGCUACCAUUGUACCGUUGGUAGUUUACCUGGUGGUUAAGAAGGGUAUAGUGGAACCAUUUUUAAAGGAGGAAAAGUCGAAAAAAUUGGAGAAGCAAAAGCAAAAUAAUUUUAACAAGUUACUGGAAAAAAGGAAGGAAGCUAUGGCAGCUCAAGACUUAAUGCAAGCAACUUAUGCUAGAAUAAAAGACGAUGAAGAGCGAAAAAAUGGUCUGGUUAUAAUAAAAGCAAUAUAUGGCAAGAUUAUAAAAGAGUGACCUCCCCGGUUUCUUCGAUCCAGCACUUGGUGAAGAGAAAAUGCUUCAUGUGAUCUACAAUUAUCAUGAACAGCCCCAUGAAGUUACUAUCAGGGAUCUGGAAUCUCUAAGAUUGCCUAAAACUUCUCAUAGGACCAGUGUUACCUAAUAAUACCGAAAACAGUUGGUAUAGUUGAAUUAGAGUGGAAAAAGAAGCAAAAGCCUGAGUACUUCACUUAAGCGAGAUUUGUAUAAAUUCUGGUGCAAAUGUUUGGAUUAUGUUUUAUUGCGCCACAAUGGUCAAGUUGAAUUAUGUUGAAUCGGCCUUUCUUUAGUUACGCACAAGUAUUUAUUAACAUUUGACAGUUAAAAAAUAAAGUUGUUAUAGAUGUCA